AUGGCAGACGUACAGACCCGAGCCGAGGGCAUCUUCAGGGUAUUAGAAUUUCGAGAGCGUGCACAGAAGAAAUUUGCACUCAUCUUUGCUCCACCAACAAAUAAUCCUCCACCACCUGCUAGGGAUGACAAGAGGAAGCGGAACCAAACAAAUCACACGAAGGAAGGAAAAAGGCCAAGACAGAAUCGCCAGUCAUCAAGAUACCCAUCCUUCGAAUACACUGUCCCGCAAGAAGUCAUUUAUGAAGAAAAUAAAGACAGACCAAUCUGGCAAGAGCCCUACAAAAUUACCACUCCCUCUGACAGAAGGGAUAAAAGCAGAUACUAUCUCUUCCACAAAGAUCACGGUCAUACAAUCGCUGAAUGCCACAAUUUGAACAAUCAGAUCCAAGCCCUCAUGAGGAGUGGGAUGCUUACCCAAUACAUCAAGGAGACGGGCAGACCGAGCGUCUCGUGGCACAACCCCGCUUCUGCUCCCGCUCCACAAGCAUCAGACCCCGUGCACGCAGCCUCUGACAGCACCCAAGAGCCACUUAAGCAAGUCCCUAUGAUCCACAGGAUCAUAGAACCCACUGACAAUCAAGAGCAUACAACCAAAAUCCAUAAAAGAAUGGAGGAACGAGUGAAGCGAUACAAAUCAUUAGGCCACGUGGUCAACCUCGUCACUUCAGAAGACAAAAGCUACCCAGCCUCUGCGAUCACCUUCACCGAUGCUGACCUGAAGGGCAUACAUCUACCCCAUGAUGAUCCACUCGUCAUUUCCCUACAGGUUGACCAUUGCCAGCUGGGCAGAGUUCUGAUCGACGGGGGCAGUGGAGUCGACAUCCUCUUCAGGGAAGCCUUCCAGAAGAUGGGGCUAGAGGAGAAUCAUAUCCGGCCCUCUACCACGCCCAUUUUGGGCUUCAACAGCCAAAGAGUAUAUUCGAAGGGCGUCAUUCGCUUAACUGUGGUGGCCGCAGAACGCGCCCUGCCAGUAGACUUUCUCAUUAUAGAUUCCACCACAAGCUACAACGCCAUCUUGGGGAGAAAUUGGAUCCACCGGAUGUAG